UUGUACUCUUCACUCACAAUUUAUUUUAUUUUCAAUUUACUUCAUUUUACACAAUUUAAGCUUCCUCCUCAUUCUGCAUAUUUUCCUCAUGCGCAAAAUAUGUUAAAUUCCAGCACAUAACACAUAGCACACGGGUCUGGAGGCGUGCGCACAUCCGUUUUGACCAAAUUGCAGUUGUUACUGUUGUUAUUCACACGACGUUUGCUCUCAAUUGAGGCGGCACUACGCAGAGCCACACUUCACACGCUCCCGGAAUUGAAGAGGUAGAGAGAGCAUUCAUUCUUAGGUACAUCUUACAGUGGGCCGAGCACGUAGAUGCUGCGUACAUAAUAGUACUCUACAUUCAUUCUCCAUUCAUUAGUCGCAUGAAAACAACCAUCGUACACACAUUACAUUUCUCUCUCUCUCUCUCUCGCUCACUGCCUCUGACUCUUCAUCGACUCUGCUCUCACUUGUCGCGCGCUCUCUGCGUGUGGCUCCGUCCCCGGCUCUAUCUUUGGCUCUGGAACUAGCUCUGGCUGAGAGGCUGUGGCAUCUGUUUUCUAUGACAACGGCAAUGGCGCAGCUUUGACUCGUGCUGCCGUUUCAUUCUAGAAUUAAGUGCCGACACAGCAGGAAUCUAUUUUCGCAGCAUCAGGCGCGCUUCGUGUGCCUCCAAAACCCGGAACCGAAACAAAACGAAACGAGCCAAACCGAAACGUAGCAAAACGAAGCUAACGUGAAUGUGUAACGGUAUCGGCAGCGUUAAUUGCAAUGCAACAAAAACUCAAAAUACAUUGAAAACUAAAACAAUCGAAGAAAGUUUCAUUUGUAAAAGUUAGUUGAAAUCAAAUAACGGCAAAGUCUAGCUGUCUAUAUAGUUUUUUUUUCUAAUUUCUUUUACUGUGCAAAGAUAUUUGGAUACACAGGAUACACAAAAUGCGCGUUAGCUCCAUAAAGUGAAGUGAAAAGCGUCAACAGCAGCAGGAACCAUAACAAAGGCCAACAGGCAAAAAAGAACAAAGAGAAGAGAAGAGAAGUAAGGGGAAGGGAAGUGCUAAAGGCCAAACAAAAACAUUUCACAGCUCGUGUAACGGAAUUUGCGUGAAGCGAGUCUGCAAGUAGAGCGGGAGGCAGAGGCAAGGAGCGGGGCUAAACAAACAGAAAAAGGAACAGUUUGAGCAACAGUAGGCGGAGCAGCUGCUGUAGCAGAGCGAGCGAGCGAGCAUGGAUAGCUCGCCGGAUUUGUCGCUGUCGCUGAAAUUGCGUCGCGGCUCCAGCGAUUCGCGCGACAAUUUCUAUAUGGACUUUGCGCAGGGCAUCGACUCGGACAUCGAGGAGGUGGACAACAGCAAUACAAAUCUGGACGAUGCCCUGGCCUCGGGCUCAGGCAUUCAGAUGGCGUUGCCACCGCCGCUGCCAACAGUCCCACUGAGCGAUGAGAUGCUGUUGCUGGUGGCACCGCCGCCACCGCCGCCGUCGACGACCUCGCUGCUGGGUCAGCCAUUGCCCACGCUGACUGAGACGGACGAUAUGCCACCAACACCGACGCCGCCGCCACAGCAGCAGCUCAGCAUGGAGGCCAACUCGCCACCGGGCUCACCCAGUAACUCGGUGCUCGAGCUGGAGCUAAUACCGCCGCCGCCGCUGUCGCCCAUGGACGACGCCGGACUGCGCACCGACGACGACGAAGGCGAGGAGACGGACGAUGCCGAGGAGGCGGUCAUUGAGCCGCCAGCAAUUAUGCAGCAGCAGCUGGAGCUGGAAACCGACGCCGAUGCAGAUGACGACGAAGAUGACGAUGAUGAGGAUGAAGACGAUGACAAAUCCACACCGCCACCACCACUACCGCCGCUGCCCUCGAAUCUGUCGUAUGUGCAGGGCAGCGUCACUCCCCCAUUGACCAAAUCGCCAUCGACUUCGCCGUCGCCGCCGGCAACGCCGCCUCCGCUGCCGGAGCUCAAUAUCUGCAAGAUGGUGUCGCCGCCAGCGCAACAUAUUAGCCAGAUACCGCCGCUAACACCCUCAUCCGAGAGCGAAGAGGAGUCACAGACGAACUCGCAGCCCAUUUCCAGGCAGGCGGAGGAGCAGGCGCAGCAAGAGCAGCAGCCAGUGCCGGAUCCGGAACCGGAACCAGAACCUGUGCCAGAAUCAGAGUCAGAGCUUGAGCCGGAGCCCGAGCCCGAGCCGGAGCGUGAGGCGGAACCUGAACCGGAGCCUGAGCCUGAGCCUGAGCCCGAACAGCUACAAAUGAGCGGAGGCCAGCAAUUAGCAGCCGAGGACUAUAGCCGAUCUCUAGACAAUGAAGAUGAGUCCACUACGAUCACAACACCGCCCAGCAAUGGCUACUCUGCAUCCUCGAUAAUUGCUCCGCCGCCCGAGAACUUUGGCGAGCUGGACGAGGAUAGCAUGGGACGUGGCUUUAUACCGCCACCGCCAGCUGGUCUUGAGGACGCCGAUGAGCAGGAUGAACAGCAGCAGCAGGAGCAACAGUCGCAGUCGCUCGACGCUGACGACGAUGAGCUGACCAAGGUCGAAACCGACGAACUGUCCAUGGACAAAAUGUCACUCAAUGUGGCCGACGAAGAGGGCAACGACGAGCCUGGCGACAGCAUCAGCUCCCCCCGAGCCGCCAGCAUUGCCAGCGGCGGCAUCAUGUCCACCAGUGGCGCCAUUGCUGCUAUGGCCACUGGCUCUGCUUUGCCAGCAUCGCCCAAGUCGGACGGACGCGUGCCCAGUCGCAGCGGCAGCCAGCGCUCCCAUGCCGGCUCGCGCACUAGCUCUCAGCACGGCUCUCGCAUUGGCUCCCACGCGGGCUCCCGUGCGGGAUCGCGUGCUGGCUCACGCACUGGCUCAAUAGCCUCUGCCGCAGCUGUUGUGCCCGUGCUCUCGCCUCAGGCAUCGCUCAAGUCGCAAGCGUCUGUCAAGUCGCAGGCCUCCAUCUCGGAACGGAGUCCCGCUCUGUCGAUCAAGUCAUCGCAGCGCAGCGCCGAGCGCGUUCAGAGCCCGCCCGUGGGCGAAAGUGCCCCGGCCAUGCCCUCGCCCCCAUUGAUGCGCAGCUCGCCACCGCAGCUAGCCAAGAGUCCACCGCGGCAAAUGCACAGCCCGCCGCGUAUUACAACGCCGCCGCGCGUCUGCAGCCCACCGCUGGUCAGCAGUCCACCUAAGCUGUCCGAGACAGCUGCCGCAGCAGCCGCGGCCUCAAUGCCGAGCGUGCCCAAGGAACAGUUCGGCAACAGCAACAGCAGCAGCAGCCGCAGGCUCUUCAAUCGCCAGGAGCCGCCAUUUGCCACGCUCACCUUUCAGGAUGAGCAGCAAGCGCAGCAGUCGCAGCCAUCACAGCCAUCGCAGCUGGCCAGCGGCGAGUCCGUUAGCGCUGCCAGCGUUGUGACCAGCCAGCCGCGUGCCCACUUCACGAGCAGCCAUCAUCAUUACCAUCUGCCGCACCAGUUCCAGCAUCCGCAUCAUCAGAAUCACCACACGCACAGUGUACGCGUACCCACGCCCACUGUGCCGAGCAGCUAUACGCCCGCUGUGGACGCGGACGGACGCUCGCCGAGCAACAUUCGACGCGCUAUGCCGCCAGUGCUGAGCAGCGCCCUGCUCUCGACGCCCGGCGAUGCUGGCCAUGUGACGGUGGCCGUAUCGCCAGGCCGUUUGUCGGCACGCUCCGCGCAGCAUCAUGUGACCAUCGAUGAGUCCAAUUUGCCAACCAAGUGCAAUACGGAGCGUGCCGGACCCAGCGGCCUGAUACUCGUCGGUGGCGAGGGCGACGGCGAUGACAAUGCCGGACCCGGCGGCGAUAGCUCGGAGCCGCCCUCAUCGCCAGGCAGCAGCUCCCAGUGCCAGGAGCGCCAAAGCGGCCAACUGGCGCUCAUGUAUCAUUCGCAUCAGCUGACCAACUAUCCGGUGAUGCCGGCCAUCAAGCGCACACAUCGCCCCUCCUUUGUCUAUCCGCCAAUGCCGCGCGUCAAGGCCGGCGAUGCGCUGGCCACACUCUUCUCGGCCCUCUAUGGCAAGCUGCUGGUAGUCAUGGGCGUGGCCUUUCCCAUGGCCGAAGUCAUUUCCACCUACAUACCGCCAUCCUUCUACGAGGUUUACUAUUUGUAUUUGUAUAUUGGAAGCAUGAUCUUCUUGCUGUUUAUGUACGCCACGCUGCUCUGGGGACGACCCAAGCUGCCCGUGCCCGUGGCGACGUCGCCCACUAAGACCACAUCCAAGGUGAACGCCUCGGAUAGCAUGGACGAGUCGGAUACGGACAGCACCACGACGCGUCGCCGCAUUCAGCCAGCCAUACCGGUGCGUCGUCCGUCGCUGCUGUCGCCGCUGGGCAGGCAGCAUCACUAUGGCAGCUUCUACUUGCGCAUGGGCGCAGUUGCAUUUGGCAUUGGCAGCAUGAUCUAUUCGGGCCUGGAGUUUGGUCAGUACUUCGAGCUGAACCCGGACACGAAGUGCCACAAUGUGCUGCUCGCAUUGACGCCAGCGACGCGCAUGGCCUUCAUCUUCAUACAGAUGUACUUCAUAUUCCUGAACAACGAGCAGAUCAAGGUGUAUCGCUAUAAGAUCAUCGCUCGCUUCGGAUUGAUGCACAUGAUCGGCACGAAUCUGGCCGUCUGGCUGAACGUGUUGAUUCAGGAGACGAAGCACGAGAUACUCACCUUCUACAAUCCAGAAAAUCGCACGCUCCGCAUCUCACAUCGCAUCCCUGGCCACUCGCGCGGACACGCUGUCAUCGCACACGAUCCAACGGCUCAUUUGCGUGUGCCGCGUGGCCUCAAGGGUCCCUACCAGAUCUUCGAGUGCCGCCGCACCAACAUCAUUGGCACCCUGGUGCAGGACGCCUCGCCCUUUCUGUUCCCCUGCACCAUCGAGUACUCGCUGAUCUGUGCCGCCAUACUCUACGUGAUGUGGCGCAGCAUUUCGCGCCCGCAAACGCCCACCCCGCAGCGCCCGGACAUGAUUAGCUCGCCGAUGAAACGCUCGCCCCAUCACUAUUCCGUGGACUGUGCCCGGGCACACAAGGGCCUGUUCGUGGGCAUACUUAUUCUGGUGCUGACCAUCAUCUCGCUGAUCAUAUUCUUCGUGCUGAUCUCGCGACCCGAGUUCGUGGCCCUGGCUGUCACCGAGGUGACCAUCUGCGAGCUGCUCAUCUACGGCACGGCGACCAUAGCUACGCUGCUGGGCAUGAUACAGAUUCGGCAUUUGCAGUACGAUGCCUACCGCAGCUUCUCACUGGACGACAUCCUGCUGGUGGGCGCGCAGACUGGCUCGUUUCUGUACAACAUCUUCACGGUGAUUGCCGGGCACUUUACGCUGCGCAGCGACGACAUGCUGGUGCCCAUCAAUGCGCUGGCCUCCAUUGUGCAGACCGCCUGCCAGACCAUGUUCAUAUUGGACGCUAGCCGGCGGCAGGCGGUUAGCCCCGAGCAUAUACGCAAGAAGCCCGGUCGGGAGAUUGUCACAUUCAUGUUGGUGGUAAAUCUGGCCAUGUGGGCCAUUAGCACGCUGGAGAAGUCGCGCGCUGAGUCGCAUCCCAUACAGCUGAACUUCUAUGGUCUGUGGGCCUGGACCAUCAUAACGCACGUGUCCAUGCCGUUGGCCAUAUUCUAUCGAUUCCACUCGACCGUCUGCCUGUGCGAGAUCUGGAAGCGGGCCUACAAGCUAAAGCCGACGUAUAUGUGAGAAUUCGCCCGCUUGCGCAUUCAAAGCAUUGCGCAGCAGCAACAAUUUUGCGAGGAUCUCAAGACCAAUCUAUCCUUCUGCUACUGCUCCACAACUUUGGCUGGCGGUGAUCUCGAGACAGUUGAUGAGGUGGACAGCGGAGAGAGCGGCAAUGGCAAUGGCAAUGGCAAUGGCAAUGGCAAUGGCAAUGGCAAUGGC